GCUCAGGUCCCGGCGAUGCUCACAGUCGGGAGUUGCCCCCGAGGGGCGGCGGUGCUGGUUCUGGCCCUCGGAGCCCUGUGCCGCCGAGUCUCAGCCCAGAGCGGCAUCACCUACGGGGUGAAUGGCUACAGUCUCCACCCGCCUUACUUUAACCUCGCGGAAGGCACCAGAAUCACAGCGUCUGCGACUUGUGGAGAAGAUGAGCGGCCGCUCGAGGAUCUUUACUGUAAACUCGUUGGGGGUCCGGUGUCCGGAGACCCGAGUCAAACCAUCCAGGGUCAGUAUUGCGAUAUUUGCAAAGCGGAAAGUAGCAAAGCUCAUCCCAGCACCAAUGCCAUCGACGGGACAGAGCGGUGGUGGCAGAGCCCUCCUCUCUCCCGGGGUUUGGAGUACAAUGAGGUCAACGUUACUCUUGACCUUGGGCAGCUCUUCCAUGUGGCCUAUGUGCUCAUUAAAUUUGCAAAUUCUCCUCGGCCGGACCUUUGGGUUCUUGAGCGAUCCACAGACUUUGGGAGGACCUAUUCUCCUUGGCAGUAUUUUGCGUCAUCUAAAAGAGACUGCAUUGAGAAGUUUGGGCCAGAAACUGUGGAACGGAUUAUAAAGGACAACGAUGCCAUCUGCACCACAGAGUAUUCCCGCAUCGUCCCGCUGGAAAACGGAGAGGUUGUCGUAUCCCUGGUAAAUGGUCGGCCUGGAGCCAUGAACUUCUCCUACUCUCCCGUCCUUCGGGAUUUCACCAAAGCCACCAGCAUCCGCCUACGUUUCCUCCGCACAAACACGUUACUGGGACACCUGAUGGGGAAGGCCCUGCGAGACCCCACCGUAACUCGCCGGUAUUACUACAGCAUCAAGGAUAUCAGCAUUGGGGGUCGUUGUGUCUGUAAUGGCCACGCAGACAUGUGCACUGCCAAGGACCCAACUGACCCAUACCGACUUCAUUGCGAUUGUCAACACAACACCUGUGGAGGGUCUUGUGACCAGUGUUGCCCGGGUUACAAUCAGCUUCAGUGGAAACCAGCUACAACAGACAGCGCUAAUGAAUGUGAAGCCUGCAAUUGCAAUGGCCACGCAUUCAACUGCAUGUAUGACCCUGAGGUUGAUAAACAUAAAGGCAGCCUGAAUACUGUUGGCCGUUUUGUAGGGGGCGGUGUGUGUAUUAACUGUCAGCACAACACCACUGGGGUCAACUGUGGGCACUGUGCGACUGGCUAUUACCGGACACCAGGUGUGCCCAUAGAGUCUGUGGACGCCUGUAUUCCUUGCAAUUGUAAUUCCGAAUUCAUGGAAGACAUCUGUGAUGACGGGACAGGGCGGUGCUACUGUAAGUACAACUAUGCCGGAGAGACCUGCGAGAGCUGUGCCCUGGGAUACUACGACUUCCCGAACUGUUACUCAUUGCCAGUGGAUCCCAUUCAAUCAACAGAGCUACAGAACAAUGUGGGGAAAAUAAUUAACUGUGACUGCAACUCGGCGGGAACUGAGAACAACAAUUGCCAACCUGACCUGCACACGGGACGCUGUAACUGCAAACCCAACUUCACAGGACGCUUCUGUACCCAGUGUGUGCCUCAGCAUUUCGGUGCUAAUUGCCAGCCUUGUCGCUGCUCAGGCCCAGGGAUUGCUGAUGGGGCCUGUAAUGAAGAGACUGGACAGUGCUUUUGUCGACAGGGGUUUGAAGGUUUCUACUGUGACCUUUGUGUCCCAGGCUACUUCAACUACCCGCUGUGCCAACUGUGUAGCUGCAGCAUGACGGGGAGCCUACCCGAGGUGUGUGACCCCUCAGGACAGUGCUUGUGCAAAGCAGAGUUUGAUGGAGCACGUUGUGACCAAUGCCAAGUGGGCUUCCACUCCUACCCACACUGCCACGCUUGUUCCUGUGACCCUCGAGGAUCGGUGGACAAUGUGUGUGGAUCUACCGGCCAAUGCCAGUGUCAGCACAGCUACUCGGGCCUGACCUGCAACCAGUGUGGUCCAGGUUACUUCGGACAUCCCAGCUGCACACCGUGUCGGUGUAAUGUAGAGGGUUCAUACAUCAACACUUGUGACCCGGAGACAGGGAGGUGCAGCUGUCGGCCCUUUGUGACUGGGCUGCAUUGUGACACAUGUGUCCCUGGAGCUUAUGGCUUUCCUAACUGUCGAGUGGGUUCCUGCAAUCCAGCAGGCUCCGUGUCCCUCGCCUCGGACAUUGACUCCUGUCAGUGUCGGAUGAAUGUUGAGGGCUCAGUCUGUGACACGUGCAAACCUCUCUAUUGGAAUCUUACACCAGAGAACCCACAGGGCUGCUCUAUCUGCCAGUGUUAUACGGACGGUACAUUGAACAGUGUUGCGGAAUGCAUGCAGAGCGACGGGCAGUGUUUCUGUAAGCCCAAUGUCUGCAGACAAUCUUGUAUGACAUGUAAACCAGGAUACUACAGUCUGAGCAACAGGAAUUAUUUUGGGUGUAAAGGCUGUCAGUGCGACAUCGGAGGCUCUGUUGGUGGUCUGACAUGCGACGACCGGUCAGGAAGAUGCCAGUGCAGACAGAAUGUUGAAGGACGCACGUGCAGCCAAGCAAAGCCUGAUCACUACUUCCCUGACCUGCACCACCUGAGAUCGGAGAUUGAGGAUGGUACAACUCCUGAGGGGAGGCCUGUCCGUUUUGGCUUUAGCCUCCUGGAGUUUGAAGACUUCAGCUGGAGAGGGUACGCACUGAUGUCUCAUAUUCAGCUUAAGGUAGUUGUGACAGUCAAUGUGAGCACCCCUGACCUGUUUCGCAUAGUCUUCCGCUAUGUGAACCGCGGACCUACUGAUGUGAAAGGAAUGGUCAUGGUCAGCGAAAUAAAUCUUGAUGUUUGUGGGAACUUGGUUGGACACAUUGCACUUUGCGAGCCAUUGUCAAGUCAUACCUCGAAUUCCUUUUCGUUUUCACAGAAUAAAGUCAAAGUAGCCAUGCAUGUGAAGGAUUCCAAGAUUUAUUUAUUCCGUUUCAUCUUGAGGUAUAUUAAUACAGGACCUGCCACUCUGUAUGGCAAAGUUACAGCUUAUAUGGCCCGAAGAAAAGGCUCCGAACAGACCAAACAGAUCAUUUUUGCCCCCAGCGUGAAGCCAUCAUUUGUCACUGUCCCUCAGAACACCUUUGUGGAGCCGUUCGUCCUGAACCCUGGGAUCUGGUCCAUUGUCAUCGAGGCACAAGACAUCCUCUUGGAUUACCUGGUCUUGCUGCCUAGUGCUUACUACGAAGCCCCAAUCCUGCAGCUCAAAGUGACCGAGCCCUGCAUGUAUACACGGAGUGCUGACGACACAGCUGUCAACUGUUUGCUGUACAGGUACCUCUCUCUGCACAACUUCCCAUCACUGCACCCUGCAGAGGGCUCCUGUGCCUAUGAAAACUACCUCCACAGCCAAUGUCAAGUGAUACAACCCACUCCGAGACACCCACCCAUGGUCAUCCUCAAUCACCAGCAGGCUAACAUCCGAUUGAGACUGAGGGUUCCUCACUCGGGGGCCUACGUGAUCCUGAUUGAAUAUGCGACAGAGGCAGAUCCAUCCCCGAGUGUUGACAUAAUUGUGAAUGGGUUAGGAGAAGGCAGCCAGUCAGGCACAAUCAUCCUCAACGACUGCAAAUACAGUUUUCUUUGCCGAGGUGUGACGAUUGAUUCGUUGCAACGUGUGGCAGUUUAUGAGUUACCGACAGAUGUGGAGCUGCAGAUCAUCGCAGAUUCAGCCGGACUUUUACUGAGCAAGGUGUACCUCAUCCCUCAUGAAGACUUCAACAUGGAGUACGUGCAGCCGAACGUCCAUUGUAUCAGCACACACGGGGCAUUCACAUCAGACGGCAGUUCUUGUGCGCCCUCCAGAUUUCAAAAGCCUUCCCAGUCCAUCAUGCUUACAGAAGGCCAGACAUCAUCAGCUUCAACGCUGCUGCAUCUUCAUCCUCUCGGAAACCAUUCGAUCGACCAGCUUCAUCGCCCGCAGCAGCCUUCCCUCCGACCGGCCACCAUAAUGGACACGGCUGACGUGAUCUUACUUGGGUCCCCUCGGACGGUUGUGACUUUCAGCGACCGUGUUCAGACGUUGGGUCGCUAUGCCUUUGUGAUACACUUUUACCAGCCUGAGCACCCCACCUUCCCCGCAGAGGUGCUCAUUAAUGGAGGACGGCUUUGGCAAGGCUACACCAAUGCCUCCUUCUGUCCCCACGCCUAUGGCUGCCGCAGCACAGUCCUUGCUGAGAAUAAGAUUGUGCUGGACGUGACGGACAACGACGUGUCUGUUAUCAUCCGUGUUCCUGAUGGCAAGACCCUGUGGUUGGGCUACAUGCUUAUUGUGCCGGAGACCAGCUACAAUCCUAACUACCUGGUUGAAGAACCCUUGGAUAAGUCAUACGAUUUCAUCAGUGGCUGUGGAGCAAACAGCUUCUAUGUAAACCCCGCAACUACCUCCACGUUCUGCAAACACUCUGCCAUCUCUCUCUCCGCGUUCUACAAUAACGGCGCCCUGCCCUGUGCCUGCCAUGAGGUCGGAGCCUCGAGGACAUCCUGUGAUCCGUUCGGAGGCCAGUGCAUUUGCCGACCCAACGUGAUUGGCCGGGACUGCACUCGCUGUGUAACCGGCUACUACGGAUUCCCAAACUGCAGACCUUGUAACUGUGGCAAACGCUUGUGUGAAGAGGUCACAGGUCAGUGUAUCUGCCCCCCGAGGACCAUCAAACCCGAAUGCAUUGUCUGCCAGCCCCAGACCUUCGGCUGCCACCCCCUGGUUGGCUGUGAGGAGUGUAACUGCUCGCGUGUCGGUGUCCAGAACCUGACCAACGGGUGCAACAUUGAGAGCGGCCAAUGCAGGUGCAAACCAAAUGUGGCAGGACGUCAGUGCAGUCGCUGUGCUCCUGGCUAUUACCACUACCCCAACUGUAUGCUGUGCGAUUGUGAUGAAGCAGGAACCGAGGCAAGCGUCUGUGACUCGCUCACUGGGCAGUGCCAUUGCAAGGAAAACGUAGAGGGUCCACACUGCAACACCUGCCGCCUGGGAACAUUCUACUUGGAUCCGGCGAAUCCCAAAGGCUGUACCAGCUGCUUCUGCUUUGGGGCUACUAAUCGGUGCCACAGCUCAACCAAGAGGAGAAGUCAGCUGGUCCACAUGCAUGAAUGGAGCCUGGUGAGUGCAGAUCACCACGAGCUGCCGGUGUCCUUCAACCCCAUGGAGAUGGAGGUUGAAGCUGAUCUGCGUGACAUCCCCGAUGUGUACCAGGAGCUGUACUGGCGAGCACCACCCACCUUCCUGGGGGAUCAGGUUUCAUCAUACGGAGGAUACCUGACAUUCCAGCUACGGUCAGAAGUGCUGAGGGGGGACAUCCUCUCUGUACCAGUGGAAGCUCGGUCAGAUGUGAUUCUGAAGGGAAACCAAAUGACUAUAAUGUAUGUGACAAAGGAUUAUCCCUCUCCUGGGCAACUUCACGAGGACCGUGUUCAGCUAGUGGAGAGUAACUUCCGACACAUGCAGACACACAACCCAGUGUCCAGAGAGGAGCUGAUGAUGGUCCUGGCCAGUCUGGACGCACUGCGUGUCCGAGCCCUUCACUCCCCGGUGGCAAGGCUGGUGGGGCUGCGGAAUGUUGAGCUUGAGCGAGCGUCUCUCAAUGGGAGCGGGAUUCCAGCCAGCAACGUGGAGAUCUGCUUGUGUCCAGCUAAUUACAUGGGCGACUCUUGCCAGGACUGUGCGCGAGGUUACUAUCGAGACACGAAGGGGCUCUUCCUGGGCAAAUGUGUCCCUUGUAAUUGCAAUGGCCAUUCUGAUCAGUGCCUCGACGGCUCAGGAAUAUGUAUCAACUGCCAGCAUAACACUGAGGGCGAUCGCUGUGAGCGCUGCAAGACCGGUUUGGUGGAGCAUGUUCCUGAGGGCGAGCCAUCUCUCUGUGUUCAGUGUCCGUGUCCCCUGACGGUGGCUUCCAACAACUUCGCAAAGGAUUGCAUUGACCGAGGGGAUCACAUGCAGUGUCUGUGCAAACCGGGCUACGCUGGUGUGAAGUGUGAGAGGUGUGCACCCGGGUACUUUGGGAACCCGCUGGUGUUGGGGAGCCGGUGCCAACCGUGUACCUGUCACGGCAACACGGACUCCAACAUGCUCUUCAGCAGCUGUGACUGGCUGACGGGGACUUGCCAAGGAUGUGUGCACCACACAGCCGGACAUAACUGUGAAUUCUGUGCUCCGGGUUUCUUUGGCGAUGCUGUGGCAGCCAAGAACUGUACACCCUGCGACUGUUUGCUGUGCGGCACGGAAUCCUGUGACAGGAGGACGGGCGAGUGCCGGUGCAAGCCUGGCAUUACCGGCCAUCGCUGUGAUCGAUGUGAGGAUGGACGUUUCGGGUACGACACCUGUGCCGGUUGCCAGCGCUGUGCCUGUGACCUCGCUGCCCUGGAGGAAACCUGCCACACGGUGACCGGACAAUGCCAGUGUGCGCCUGGCAUUGGCGGCCGGCAAUGCCAGCAGUGUGCCCCAGGGUACUGGAGAUACACUCCACAUGGCUGCAGAGAGUGUGAGUGCAAUGGGGGGCCCUGUAACCCCCGCACUGGGGCCUGCACGUGUACUAAUGGUUUGGGGGGCCGACAGUGUGACACCUGCCUGCAGAGGUACCAGAUGCCCAUCGUCGAUGCUGCCAAUUACAUAAAGUGUGAACCCUGUGACAGUUGUGUGUUGGCGCUGCUCGAGACUCUGAACAGGACGGAGCAAAUGCUGCCAACACUCAGUGCCCAGUUGGCAGAGAUGAACAUCAGCUCCAUCGCAUGGACACGGAUGCGGAGUCUGAGCAACAGCAUCAGGGCCGUCACCGACGAGCUGAGCAGAUCCCGAGAAUCACAGGAACUUGUGAGAGACGGUGCCGACGAGCUGGAGACCGACAGCAUGAACCUGACCCCAGACCUGGACGCACUAGAAGAAAAGGUAACCGUGACAAAUAGGAAGGUCACAGCCCUGGGAGAGAGCAUCGGACAGACCUACCGGCGCUCUGGAGACUUGCUCAGUAAUAUCCAGGACCUCAGAGAGCACAUUUUAGAUCUCAUUGCCCAGAUGAACAAGACUCAGUCGGACAUCAGUGCGCCCUCCACAGAAGAGUUCUUGGAGAAGUUUGCUGAGGUUCAGAAGCUACUGGAAGAAAUGAGAAUGAGAGAUUUCAGGUCCCAGCGGAAUGUGGCGGAGAAGGAAGAGGAUGAAGCAAAUAAAUUACUUGAACGCGUCAAGGAAAAGAUGGAGCAACCUUUGCAAGAGAUUAAGGAUAAUGCCGAUAGUAUCCGUGAUCAGAUAGCGAAGCAUAAUUCCAAACUGAUGGACCUCAGGGAUGCCCUUAAUGAAGCUGUUAAUAAAACGAGCCAGGCCAACGAGAAGAAUAAAAUCAACCAGCUUUUACUGGCGGAGAACAAGCAAAAAAUCGAGGAGUUGGAGACCCAACACAAGCGAGUGACAGACUUGUUCAGGAUGGCAAAAGAUGGGCUGGUUCAGGUUUCAGACCUCCUCCAGAUGCUGGAAAAUGCCAAGGAGGAACAGGAGAGGCUGGCAGCGAUGUUAGAUGGAGCCAGGAUGGCCCUCAUUGAGAAGGUAAAGCACUUCUCACCGGCUAGCACCAAGAUCCCAAUUGUGGAGCGGGCGGAGGAGCAUGCACGCUCCCUGGAUCAGCUCGCGGCUAACCUGUCCAGGGUGAUUGAAGAUACAAAUCAGGAUGGAUUCAUUCUUCGUGCAGUCAGUGCCUCCAACGCCUAUUCCAGUAUCAUUGAGGCAGUAAAGAAAGCUGAAAAUGCAGCCAGGGACGCAAACAAUGCAGCUGUCAAAGCCUUGAAGCAAGUGGUGGACAGGAAUCUGUCUCACAAAGCUGCAGCUUUGAAGGGCGCGAGCAUCCAGCUCGAGAAAGAAGCUAAAAAAGCCCGGAAGAAAUCCGAGGAUGUCAUAAAACCAGCACUGAGCGAUGCAAAGAAAAGGCUGAGUGACGCAAGGGAUAAGAAAGGCCGACUUCUUACCCAGCUGAAGUCUGUUCAGGAUUUUCUGAAAGGAAUUCAAAGAGGGGACACGGCUGACAGCAUCACGAACGCAAAGACAAUGGCUGCUGCCGCUAACAGCACAGUUACUAGUGUGGAGGACGUUCUGGGAUCCAUGAGGAAGAACCUGAACCAGUGGAGGGAGAAGUAUGGUGGAGCACCUUCAGACAACGAGAAUUUCAACAAAACUCUCCAGGAGGCAAAUGCAUCUGUCGCGGCUCUGAACGAAACCAUUCCCCUGCUCCUGGACAAGCUGAAUAAACUGGAGGUCAGGAACCAGACUUCAAACAUUUCUGAAAGUAUCAAUCGUAUCCGAGAGCUGAUCUCACAAGCCAGAAGUGCUGCUAAUAAGGUACAAGUACCAAUGAAGUUCAUUGGUACAUCAGGCGUGCAGCUGAGGUCACCCGUCAAUCCUGACGACCUGAAAGCAUACACGUCUCUGUCGUUCAGCAUUCAGAGAGAGAAACAAGCUCGGAAGCGAAGGCAAUCAAUAAAUUCCUCCAAUCAGUUUAUUCUGUACCUCGGAGAUCAGAAGACGGCUGGCGAUUACAUGGGGGUUGCCAUGCGGAGCGGAAAGCUGGUCUGGGUUUACAAACUGGGGAGUGCUGGAGAGGCCGUGCUUCAAACUGACACUGAGAUCAGUGACGAUAGGUUUGACACAGUCAAACUGGAAAGGAUACAGCAAUAUGGCCGCAUCUCUUACACAGUAGAAAAAGGCACCAUAACUGAAACCAGGGGAGAUGGGAAGUCUAAAGGCAAUGACACUUUACUCAAUCUGGAUCCUGAAGAUGUUGUUUUCUAUGCCGGUGGUUAUCCUCCUGACUUCACUCCCCCGGCAAUGCUGCGUUAUCCCAACUUUGAAGGAUGUAUUGAACUUGGAACGCUGAACGAAGAGGUCAUUAGCCUCUACAAUCUCAUUCAAACAUUUAACCUGAACACUACAGCUGAUGAACCCUGUCGAAGGUACAAAUCCACUCAAGGGGCAGAGAGUGACAGCUCGUACUUUGAUGGCAGUGGUUUUGCAGAAAUCAAAAUGUCAAGUACGUUCUCGACUAUAUCUCGCUUUGAACAAGAGGUUUGCCUUGCAUCCUACAAUGGCAUCCUGCUUUUCAUGAGGGAGAAGGACCAGUUCCUGUCUGUGGCCGUACAGAAUGCACGACUCGUUCUAUACUGUAAAUUAAACCACCAACUUAAGAUUGAACACAACAACGGCAGCAAUGAAAAGUCUAUCAGUGAUGGAUAUCCUCACCAGAUCCAGAUUAUUAUGGUAUACAGUGGGGCCAAAAUGAAGAUCUAUGUUCGUGUGGACAGGAUGACGGUGCUGGCCACUGAGCAGCAGAAUGUCGCUCGUCCUUCAUUUUCUCUGUAUUACCUUGGGGGGGCUCCUGUAGACAAACUUCCCGAGAGCUUGAGAAGCAAGUUCCCCACAGGCGGCUCAGUCAAGGGCUGCAUGAGGAGUCUGAAGGCCAUGGAGAAGAACCUGGACCUGAAGAGAGAGAAAACGAUUGGUGUCAGUUACGGCUGCUCCCUGAGCCUGUUGAUUUCCCGUUCGGCUGAUUUCAAAGGCCAAGGAUAUCUCAGUCUAACUCCUGAAAACGUGCCCGCACUUGACAACAACUUUGUCUCAGGCUUUGGUUUUCAGACCCAGCAGCGAAAUGCACUGAUGUUUUACUACCCCACAGAGAAAGGACAUUGUCAAGUCUCUCUGAAGCAAGGAUUAGUGGCACUUAAAAUGUUCAACACUGAAGUCAAAAGCAAAAUUGAGUACACUGACGGGAGCCUUCACUACAUCUCGUUUGGGAUUCACAAUCAACAGAUUAAGAUGAACAUCGAUGACAUGGAAAAAGUACAGUCACAAAUCAGUAGCUGGACACGGAGUCAGUCCCGGGGGUUGGAGCAGGGCCAGGUGUAUCUGGGGGGGGCUCCGAGCUCCAGUUUAGGGGCCAACCUGACGGGUUGUAUCGGCAACGUUUUCAUAUAUCGGAAAGAUUCCACAGAACAGUCCGUUGUUGAUCUCCAGCAACACAAAGAAAUGGUGGAAACGGAGCUGAACAACUGUCCCAAAGAGAAGCCACCACAACAGAUCCGAUCGCCCAAAAAGGACAAAUCCAAGCAGGCUGUUAUCAAUCAGCAGAGCAAGCAGCAAGUGUCUGACAGUUGCCAAUUACCAGCACAGCCAACCAGCAGCGCUCAUCACUUUAGGGGAUCCUCUCUCAGCCGUUUGGAAUAUGACAAUGUCCCACAGACCUUCCGGGAAAGGUCCAGCUUCUCUAUGGAGGUUCGUUGUAACUCAUCCCACGGGAUGCUCUUCUACGUCUCUAAUGAGCUGGAGACCUCCUACAUGACUCUCAUGCUCUCUAAAGGACGAUUUGUUUUCAUGUUUAAUGUGAAAGGGAACAAGCUGAGAAUUCCGAGCAAAGAAAAGUACAAUGAUGGCCAAUGGCACACAGUGUUUUUCAGCAGAGAGAAGAAUCGAGGGCAGUUGGUGGUGGAUGGUCUCCGGACACAGACCAGCACCAUGUCUGGCACUCCUUCCUUAGACGUCCAAGCUCCGUUCUACGUGGGUGCGGUGCCACUGGGCAAAGCCAGAAAGAUCACUCAGAGUCCUUCUGCCUCUAGUUUUGAUGGCUGUAUCCGCAACUUCCAACUGGACGGGAAGCACAUGGUGGUUCCAUCUCGCAUGUACAAUGUCAUCCCAUGCUUCGAGGGCAGCCUUGAAAUGGGCACCUUCUUUGCUGCUGGUGGAGGAUACGUCAUCCUAGAUGAUGCCUUCGUUAUUGGCAAAAAUUAUGAAUUGAUGUUUGAAGUACGUCCGAGGAGUUUGUCUGGCAUCUUGUUCCACGCUGGGAGAAAACAAAGCCAUUACUUCAGUCUGUAUCUAGAAAAUGAAAAGGUUAUCUUACAAAUAAAUAAUGGAGCUGGGGCCUUCUCCGCAGCAGUCACCCCACAGCACUCUCUUUGUGAUGGACAGUGGCAUCGCAUUGCAGUUAUUAAAGGAAAGAAUGUGAUUCAGCUCGAUGUAGACACUAAGAGCAACUAUACUGUGGGCCCAGCACAAAGUUCUCGUAGCAACAACAAAGAAACACUGUAUGCAGGAGGCAAACCAGUGCAAAUUUCAACACCGUCUUCGAUACGUUCUCCAUUUGUUGGCUGUAUCAGGAAUGUCCUCGUCAAUCAAAGAUCUGUACAGUUAAACCGACCUGGCUCACUGCACGGUGCAGUCAGUGCCAAUGGCUGCCCAGUGAUGUAAAUAAUAUGGAAACUAAAUCAGGAAAACUUCAGCAGAGACAGCUUAAGAAUUCCAAUCCACUUGUGCACUUAAAUAUUUGUACUGUAUUACCCAUUUUAAAGAAAAAAAUCUUGCUGUGGAUUUUAUGUCAAAUUUAAGCUAUUGUGCUACUGAUUAUUUGGCAUUUUGGGAGGAAAUAUAUUAUGACACUGGUUUAUAUUAUUGUUUAGACCCGUUUUACUUUUUUUGCACAAUUUAUGUGCAGAUCAAUGGUACGAGUCAAAAUAAAGCUAUCUGUAUUAAGA